AUGUUGUUCCAAUAUCUACGGGCUACUGUUUUCUCGUGCCUUUGCUGCCUAUGUUUGUGUUCACGUGCAUAUGCGACUGAUGAAGUUGGUAGCAAAGUAAUCUCAGCGACCGAACAUGUUCACGACUCGGAGCAUGGAACCGUUGGUCUCAUUCGAACGUAUCAUGAUGCUUCCUACACUGAAUCACCAUGCUCGGCUAUGAUUUUACUCGGAGUUGGCACAUCAAUGUCAAUUCGGGAUUACGACAAAUUAUCCACCCGCAUCGCUGCCGGAUCAUCGAUCGUUGUGGUGAUCAUGGACCACAACGAACAUUUUUUUCAAAAGACAUCACCAGAAAAGUAUGCACGCUUGGUCAAUGCUAUUCGUAGUAAUAUAUCAAGUCUGGUAUCGAUAUGCAAGAAUCAGGAACCAUUAUUUUUGAUUGGAGGUCAUUCGUCGAGCGGUGAAGCUGCCAUCAUGACGUUGGAAAACUCUCUACUCGGGGUAAAUCCAGAUGGUUGGGUUGGACUCGAUCCUUAUGACAUGUCGCCAGAAACCAUCGGCAAUGACGCUCAAAUAAAAAUCCCAUCGAUUAAUUGGGGAUUUGCCAAAACCACGUGUCUAGUCGCAACAGACAAAGCUGCAAAAGCUGCAUUUGAAUUGGCUGACCCAGGCGCCAGAGUGCUCUAUCAGAUCAACAAUAACGAGAAUGAUUGCAAGAUCACGCAUUGUGUUUUCAGUGACCAUGGAUGUGGUAUAAUUUGUUCCUCAAACGAAGAAAAUGAUUGGGUGCCCACGGUCGUCGCACGAAGUAUCAAUUUGUUUGUGAAUGCUGUUGCCGGCCGAAUUCCGUUUGACAGAUCACAUUUUCAGCUAGACUUGGAAAAUAGGGUUAGGCUCUACAUGAACGACGAGCAAUUUGAAUGA